AUGUCCGGGGUGCCAACGCCGUGUGUUUUUUCCCCCUGCGACUCGUGCUGCCGGAUAUCGAGCAUCACCGAAAUCCGAAAUGGAGGGAACCUGCUAUCGCCAAGACUGUUUAUGCACACAGACUCCAAGGCGCCCUCAUUCCUCUUCUGGAGUCCCAAGAACCCGAAACAGACGCGGCUGUCAACGUACCCGACCUUUGCCUCUUUACGUCUUCUUGCCAGCUCUCGACCGGGUUGUGAAACUCCGUGUCAGCAGGCAAGGAGGAGAUGGAAUGCGCAGAAACAAUACUCCGUAGUCCGUCCACAGUCAAACAAGAGGAAGAGGACAGCGGACAUACUCAGCCCGAAAUCCGGACUGGCUCGGCGGCUGAUUGUUGACAUCAGUGUGAUUACUCAAUCUAUUGCCGUUGCUCUCUUCUCCCCUUGGGCGUUGCCAAGCGCUGCUGUGACCGUCGAUCAUGAGAUCAGUUGUAUGCGUGCAAAUGGCUCCCCAGCAUUCCAGCAGAAGCACGAUGGUGUAACUGGGACGGUCUGGAGCUGGCUGGCACAUUCGAACAUCGCUCAAACUGCCGAGAACGCAUAUCUGGCCCGCGAAACUGGACGAGCUUUACCCUUGCCCAAGGAUGAGGGGGUUUCGCAGUUCGGUCUCGUUACACAGCAGAUAAGCUCUUCCAGCCAUAUUUCUCCGCGUUUUGUGACAGACGGUAUCGAGUAUGGUAUUCCCAUUACAAUCGGCGGCAGGGUUCAGGUUACAGUGUCAUCGAGGCGAUUCUUCGAUCGUUCUUCCGGAAAAGCGGAGGUGCAUAUGUCGAGGCGGCAACCGCGCGUAAGCUUGUGCGAAGUUUAA